CAUCUUGACCCUAGCAGCAGCAGCAACUUGUUCUGUUCUUGUUAUCCAGGGACACCAUAUUAAACAGGCCAUAAAUAUGCCGAGAAAAACACUCACCCCGUACCCUAUUUUCAUCCAGUUGGGUAACCAAAUAAGAGACAAAUGGCGCCGCAUCGACGAGAAAACCCAACAAGGAGCCGCAGCUGCAAUGCGACAAAGGAUCAUGCAGAGUCGAGACAAAUUCGAGGCCUUUGUCAAAGAUAUCGACCUUUACCAUGUCAAUAAGCCCAAUCCCAUAGCGACUGGGCAGCCUAAGCGUAACCGUCUCCAGGAAGCGAAUCCUCGCACGCGCAACGAUAUCCGCGGCAUACUUGAUGGUCUAGACGGGGUACUGGCAAGUGGUAUUUAUGUGUUCGGGAAUCUUGACAGUAUAGAAAUGACAGCCAGAACGGGCGCCUACUCACUCCCCUUUUCAUCCGUCGCUGAGGCUAUCACGGACCGGAUUGAGAGUGUGGUAAACGGCCUGCGCGAAUACGCGGAGAAUUUCCAAAAGAAUGAGUUUACGGGGUUUGUACUUGAAGAACGCCUCGAGCCUACCCGUAGCAGCAGGUCGUUACGAGAGUGGCUUCGGGACAUCAGACGCCGGCUGGACAGCUAGGACUCGGUGGAGUUCAUUUGAGGACGAC